ACCCAUUUCUUCUUCUUCUUCUCUUUUCUCGGGGGAACUUGAGAAAUUGCCCAAAUGCAGGGAGUUCGUGAUGAGAGUUGCUUGAGUUGGGUUGCCUCUACUGCUAGUGGGGGUGAAUCCUUACAAUAUAUCUGUGAUUGUGGUUUGACUGCUGUGGUGCAAACGUCGUUCACUUACCAGAACAUGGGAAAAAGGUUUCGUGGGUGCCCUAAGUUGGUGAAACCUUGCAAGUACUUCCAUUUUCUUCCUAGUGAAGAGACAAUCGAGGGCAGACCAAGGGAGUUGCCUUUAAUAUUAAAAGACAGGGAACAGAAGCUGAAGAGAGAGAAUGAGAAAUUGAGUAAGGAAAAUACUGAUUUGGUGCAAGAAACUGGGAAUUUGAAGAAUGAGAAUGAUAUUUUGAAGAACGAAAAUGAGACUUUGAAGAAUGAUAAUGGGUAUUUGGCAAAUCAGUGUGAAUUAUGGAUGAAGAAGAUGAAGACAGCUGAGAAGAAAUUGAAAAAGUUGGAUAAGGAUUACCGGACAUCAAAUAAAGUCAACCACAUAAUGUGUGUGGUUUUUGUUGUGUUCGUGGCUGUACUUGUCAUAUUAGUUGGUGUGUUUAGAUUGAUGUAAUGGACAUAUAUAGGUGUUUAUAUAUAGGUGUUUGUAUCUAUAUGUAUAAUGUUUUUGUUAUGUUUUUGUCAAUUCCCAGUUGUUGAAAUGCAAUGCAUUCCAUUUCUAGGUAACACAGUUUCUGGGUUGUUUCAAUUGCAUUUUUAUACCAAUUUCUGCACAAAAGCAUUCUGGUA